CCACCUCUCCGCCUGUGCAACACACACUUUACACACGCACGGGGACUGCAAGCGGGCAGCAUCGAUCGUGGCUCCUUUAAGACAAACUCAGACAGACAUUUUUUUUUAACCCUCCUCCUCUAAUCUCCCUCCAGUGCAGCAGUUGCAAAGAGGGAGAGAGAGAGAGAGAGAGAGAGAGAGGGAGAGAGAGAGAAAGAGAGCGAGCGAGAGAAGAGAGAAACUGAUUAGGAAUUAGGACUGAUUCAAGGGAAGCGAGCGCUAGGGCUUUGUGCAUUUGAAUAUUAACAUUUGAGGUGUUCUGACCAGAAGAAGACUGAGCGGAUGAUCAUUCAUUCACCACGUUGACAACCUCGCCUGUGAUUGACAGCCGGAGUGGCAGAAAGCCAUGAGAUUUGGUAGUUGGGUCUGAGGGGCGCUUUUUUUUUUUUAACUGAUUUUUUGGGGAGAGAAGAUCUGCUUUUUUUUUUGCCCCCGCUGCUGUCUUGGAAACGGAGCGCUUUUAUGCUCAGUGACUCGGGAGCUUUGCUUCAGGUCCCAUAGACCGAAGAUCUGGGACCAGUAGCUCACGUUGCUGGAGACGUUAAGGGAUUUUUCGUCGUGCUUUUUAUUUUUUUUUCCGGGGGAGUUUACGUAUUUGUUUCUUUUCACACUGGCCUUAAAGAGGAUAUAUUAGAAGUUGAAGUAGGAAGGGAGCCAGGGAGGCCGAUGGCGCAAAGGUACGACGAUCUACCCCAUUAUGGGGGCAUGGAUGGAGUAGGCAUCCCCUCCACGAUGUAUGGGGACCCGCACGCGGCCAGGUCUAUGCAGCCCGUCCACCACCUGAACCACGGGCCUCCUCUGCACUCGCAUCAGUAUCCGCACACAGCUCACACCAACGCCAUGGCUCCCAGCAUGGGUUCCUCCGUCAAUGACGCUUUAAAGAGAGAUAAAGAUGCCAUUUAUGGACACCCCCUCUUCCCUCUCUUAGCACUGAUUUUUGAGAAAUGUGAAUUAGCUACUUGUACCCCCCGCGAGCCGGGGGUGGCGGGCGGGGACGUCUGCUCGUCAGAGUCAUUCAAUGAAGAUAUAGCCGUGUUCGCCAAACAGAUUCGCGCAGAAAAACCUCUAUUUUCUUCUAAUCCAGAACUGGAUAACUUGAUGAUUCAAGCCAUACAAGUAUUAAGGUUUCAUCUGUUGGAAUUAGAGAAGGUACACGAAUUAUGUGACAAUUUCUGCCACCGGUAUAUUAGCUGUUUGAAAGGGAAAAUGCCUAUCGAUUUGGUGAUAGACGAUAGAGAAGGAGGAUCAAAAUCAGACAGUGAAGAUAUAACAAGAUCAGCAAAUCUAACUGACCAGCCCUCUUGGAACAGAGAUCACGAUGACACGGCAUCUACCCGCUCAGGAGGAACCCCGGGCCCUUCCAGCGGGGGCCACACAUCACACAGUGGGGAUAACAGCAGUGAGCAAGGUGAUGGCUUGGACAACAGUGUAGCUUCCCCCAGCACAGGUGACGAUGAUGAUCCAGAUAAGGACAAAAAGCGUCACAAAAAGCGUGGCAUCUUUCCCAAAGUAGCCACAAAUAUCAUGAGGGCGUGGCUGUUCCAGCAUCUAACACACCCUUACCCUUCUGAAGAACAGAAAAAGCAGUUGGCACAAGACACAGGACUCACCAUCCUUCAAGUGAACAAUUGGUUUAUUAAUGCCCGGAGAAGAAUAGUGCAGCCCAUGAUAGACCAGUCCAACCGAGCAGGCAAGUCCCCCAUAGUGACUGUAUUCAAGUCACGCAGGCGAAAAGCAUCCUCAAGCCAUUCACCGGGAGGUCCCAUACCUGUAAGUCAAGGAACACCUUAUAACCCCGAUGGACAGCCAAUGGGAGGUUUUGUUAUGGACGGUCAGCAACACAUGGGAAUCAGGGCACCAGGGCUGCAAAGUAUGCCAGGGGAGUAUGUAGCCCGGGGUGGUCCAAUGGGUGUGAGUAUGGGACAGCCAAGUUAUACCCAACCCCAGAUGCCCCCCCAUCCUGCUCAGCUGCGUCAUGGGCCCCCCAUGCAUACGUACAUUCCUGGACACCCUCACCACCCAACAGUGAUGAUGCAUGGAGGACCGCCCCACCCUGGAAUGCCAAUGUCAGCAUCAAGCCCCACGGUUCUUAAUACAGGAGACCCAACAAUGAGUGGACAAGUCAUGGACAUUCAUGCUCAGUAGCUUAAGGGAAUAUGCAUUGUCUGCAAUGGUGACUGAUUUCAAAUCAUGUUUUUUCUGCAAUGACUGUGGAGUUCCGUUCUUGGCAUCUACUUUGGACCAAGGAGCAUCCCUAAUUCUUCAUAGGGACUCUUAAAAAAGCAGGAAAUACCAACCGAAGUCAAUCUGGGGGACAUGCUAAAUAACUAUAUAAGACAUUAAGAGAACAAAGAGUGAACUAUUGUAAAUGCUAUUAUACUGUUAUCCAUAUUACGUUGUUUCUUAUAGAUUUUUUAAAAAAAAUGUGAAAUUUUUCCACACUAUGUGUGUUGUUUCCAUAGCUCUUCACUUCCUCCAGAAGCCUCCUUACAUUAAAAAGCCUUACAGUUAUCCUGCAAGGGACGGGAAGGUCUGAUUUGCAGGAUUUUUAGAGCAUUAAAAUAACUAUCAGGCAGAAGAAUCUUUCUUCUCGCCUAGGAUUUCAGCCAUGCGCGCUCUCUCUCUCUCUCUUUCUCUCUCUCUCUCUCUCUUUUCCUCUCUCUCCCUCUCUCUAGCCUGGGGCUUGAAUUUGCAUGUCUAAUUCAUUUACUCACCAUAUUUGAAUUGGCCUGAACAGAUGUAAAUCGGGAAGGAUGGGAAAAACUGCAGUCAUCAACAAUGAUUAAUCAGCUGUUGCAGGCCGUGUCUUAAGGAAACUGGUAGGAGGAGGCAUGGAAACCAAAAGGCCGUGUGUUUAGAAGCCUAAUUGUCACAUCAAGCAUCAUUGUCCCCAUGCAAAAACCACCACCUUAUACAUCACCUCCUGUUUUAAUGCAGCUCAAAAACAUAAACUGAAGAUUUAUUUUUAAUAUGUUGACUUUAUUUCUGAGCAAAGCAUCGGUCAUGUGUGUAUUUUUCCAUAGUCCCACCUUGAAGCAUUUAUGUAGACAUUGUAAAUAAAUUUUGUGCAAAAAGGACUGGAAAAAUGAACUGUAUUAUUGCAAUUUUUUUUUUUGUAAAAGUAGCAGUUUGGUAUGAGUUGGCAUGCAUACAAGAUUUACUAAGUGGGAUAAGCUAAUUAUACUUUUUGUUGUGGAUAAACAAAUGCUUGUUGAUAGCCUUUUUCUAUCAAGAAACCAAGGAGCUAAUUAUUAAUAACAAUCAUUGCACACUGAGUCUUAG